AUGGGAAAAUCUCCAAAACAAAAUCAGUAUGAAAUGGGAGCACGAAUUAAACAGCUAAAAGUUGCCACGCACGUGCGCAAACCACUUAAAUUUGUAAUAAAAAAAACAGCACCUAAAUUUGUAAUAAAACGAAAAGCACCUAAAUUUAGACCUAUUAAAGAGAAAAAAAAACCAAGAAUAGAUGAAAAGAUUGAAAAUGAAUUAUUUGAUCAGGUGAUUCGUGACAUGAUUGAUAAAUUCAAAUCCUUUAAAGGUCAAAUUGAAAUCAAUAGAGAAAUUUUUCUAGAUGUUAAAUUUAAGCAUAAUUUUCAAUUAGCGUUUUUUAAUGAUAAAAUGAUUGAAAGAGUCGUCAAGAACAUAUCUGAAAAAUCAGAUAAUACAGAUUGGUAUUUUACUGGUCGUUUAAUAUUUCGUAAAAACAAUUUCAAACCAAUCAUAAGAUCAAAAGUAGAAAAACGAACUCAACUGCUUUUUAGUAUCAAGGAAUAUAUUGGAAAAUAUUGUUACAUUCCAUCUGACGGAAUAUGUUUUAUUAAAUGUGUCAAUUUUGUUUCAAAGCGUGAUUUGACUCAGGAAUUCAAUGAUUUUAUUUAUUCCUUUCCUAAACAUAAUAGAAAGGGAAUAAUGAAACAAGCUCGAAUUGGAAAAUUCAAUGAUACAUAUCAAAUUUAUAAUCCUAAAGAUAGGUCUUCAUAUCCUAGAAAUAUAAAAACACCAUUAGAUUGGGUAUUGUAUUUACACAAUGAUCAUUUCUGUUUGUUAAAAAGAAGUGAAAAACUCUUGGAAUAA